AUGAAAAUGUUUGUGUAUGAAUAUUAGUAGAAGCAGGAAGUUGAGUUUUAGGCGGAUAGGGUUGGUUAGGUAGGCCGCACACUGGCAUGCAUCAAGACAUUUAACAGUCAAGACACGAUGUCUGCGACAUGACGCAAAGAAAGGAGCACAGUUGAAACAAAUGAGGUUAUGGAAACCGCAUCACACCGGUCUGAGUCAUGAUGCUGACGAAUCAUGAACGAAGGAAGACUGCGUCUUUUUUUCUCGAGGCUUGAUCGGAUUUUAUUGGUCUUUAACGUCUUGAUGUCUUGAUGCUUGUGUUGGUCCAGCUGGUGUGCGGGUGCCCUGUUUCCUAGGUGCGAUGAGAACGAAGAGUUGCGGAAAUGCCCGUAUGACAUUCACCACGUCUCUUUGCCGGCAUGUAGACUUAAUAUUUUGAGCAAUGAGGAACGGAUUUUCGUGAAAUUUGAUAUUUGGGGGAGCGGGUUCACAAAAAUUCAACGACAAAUUCAGUAUACUAUUAAAAUCGGGGACUAAUGACACUACAUAAAUACCCAUACGCCUUUCUGUGAGCAGACAAAACGUAAUGUUUAUUAAAGCGAAAAAGUGUUUCUUUCAGAAGCUGUGGAGAAAUGUGACACAUUUCAUACCCAUUUUUUUCUGAAAGUAUUUUACUAUGCUUACGUUUUUUAUUUCUAUGUGGGAUAAAGUGAGUUCACCAUGUUCAACGCAAAAAUAACAUUAUGAGAAAAUCAGGUAUUUCGAAUAUCCUGUAGCUGAGUCUCGUGAAAAAAAAUGUUCUAAACAAGUAUAUGGUCAGAUUAAGAAGACAAUUAAAGAGAAAUGAGAAUGAGGACAAAGAAAUUCAAGUUGCCACAUAUUCCUUCUGGGAAAGAUGUAGCUGGUUUGUUGGAGCAGAAAGUUAUUGUGGUAUCCGUUUUUGGAAAGUCACCGUAUUCUGCAGGGGGUUGCAAGGCUGGUUUAAUUGAUGGAUUUCCAGGUCACCGGGUCUUUCACACAUCACUGAUAGAUGAUCCUGAUGUCGAUCAAGACCUCCUGUGUGAUAUUGAAGGAUACCAUGACCCUAAGCAGCGGGUUAUUUACCUUCACCUGCGGGGAGUGUUUGAUGUUCACACACUGGUUAAAUCUUAUGACCUUUUCUCCAAGGAGUUGGAAGAAAAAGGCUACUUGUCAGUAUGGGCAGACAUGAAGUAUCGUUAUGCUCGUGCACUUAUGUUCCUGUUCAGUGUAUCACAUAUACUAAUAAUAUCUCAUCCAACUCACAUAUUUGAUAUCAGCUAUGUGCAUCUCUUUCGAGCGCUUGAUGUCAUGAGGCAGAAAGUAUUAGGAGGAUUCAGUGAAAUCUUACGAACAAUUCCUGGUCUCUCAGAGGAAUGGAUUACUAACUGUCGGCCAUGCUCUCCUCGAGUUUUGUUCUUGUUUGAGUCUUGUCCUGCAAUAUAUCUUGAAGGUAGAGCAAAUGUCGCAAGAACAGGGUCAGGAUUUGGUGGGAAGUAUCCAUCAAUAAAGAAACUGGAACAUGCUUUGGAGGAUCAGAUAUACCAUAUCCUGCGUAAGAGCAGGGUCAUCACUAACAUCAGCUCAAAUUCCUUAUUUGCAAUUCCAGCAAAUCAGGAAUUUGUGUUUGUUCAGACAAAGGUCAAUCCAUUGAGUGACAGAAAUGCACAUAUGGUGAAUUCUCUGGUGGACUUUUGCAAGGAUCCAAACAAUGACUGCAGCAGGAAUAAGGAGGAGAUUGUUAAUACAUUUUCCACACUUCACUUGGAACCAAAUGAUCACAGCUUCAGGAGUUUCCUGCAGCAGCACAUUGACCAAGCAUUCACAAAAGGCUUUGAUGACAACGUGGGUAGACACACUGCACAUGGAUAUUUUGAGAUCCCAACAGCAGGUGUAUGGUUUGAAGUAUCAGACAAGGCUUUCAACAUGUUUUUGAGCUGUGAUCAAUCACCAGACAGCAAAAGUAAAUCACAGCUACAGCAUCAGUUCCUCAGCUCACUGCGUGGCUUGUUGGAUACUGAUGUGAGGUUCAGUGAGGGUCGCUGUGGCAAAGUUUUACCUCUGGCUAUUGCCACCUACCAGGAGAACUUGCCUCCUCAGUACACACGUGAUUACCAUGAGAGCAAGCUGGCCCAUGCAUUGUCUGUGUUUGCUGUUCAUGCGCGGGGACCACUAUUUGACCAGUAUACAGCCCAGCUGGAAAAGGAGUGUGACCGCUACUGGAAGAAUGGCCGCCAAAUGUGUGAAGUUUUGAGUCUUACUGGAAACCCUUGUACCAACCCUUUGCACCGUGGGGGUGGUGAAGGUGCAGGGGGUGGAGAACUGCAAGAAGAAGCCAAUAAGAUCCAUGAUGAUACUGACCCUCCUGAAAGCCAUGAUCGAACCCAACUACCGCUGAUGGAACAUUCAAGUGGUGUUCGUUACAUAUCUGCAUGCAACUGUGGCAGAAAGCAGGGCCCUCGAGAGGACCCAUUUACUAUGCGUGCUGCGAAUUAUGACUUCUAUCAGCUUCUGGGUGAGGAUUGUGGCUGUAAUAAUCUUGAGUCCAUUCGUUUCCCUGUGUUUCAGCCAAGUACACAAGAUUACAGAGCAGCUCAGCUCUUCUCUAACAGGACAGCCCCAGGACUGGGAUGGAAGGAUGGUGGAGCUCGAGGAAUGGAAGGGAGAGAGUUGAAUGUUGGUACGCCACAAGGAAACACACAAGGGUUCAGCUUGGUAAACAGAGAGCUUUGUACUUCUCAAACAGAAGAGAUUCAUGAUGACACAUUAGAGAUAGCUGAAGAUGAACCAGAAUCGAGAUGCAAAGCUGGAUUUGUGUCAGGCCAAUCUGUGGGCAGUGAUAUAAUACCAGAAGAGACUGUGAGUCGCUUGAGUCCCAAUCCUCCACGAGCUGACCACAGCCUGCCUGACACUGGUCAUGAGAUUAUCAUACAAGUUUCAGAUGCUGAAACUGACUCCAGUAAAGAUAAAUCUUUAGUUCGACAGCCAAGCACUACAGAGUACCUUCCAGGCAUGUUACAUGCAGCAUCACCAGCUGGGUUAUUGCCACAGUUUCCGUCAUGGUCGUUAGUCUGUUUGGGACCAUCAUCACUCUACUCUCAUAACUUGGGACUCCAGGACCAGCAACAGGCUGGCUUAUUGGGCGGCUCAGCCUACCUCUUACCCUGGGAUGUUACUGUCAGGCUGGAGCAUCACAGAGAUCGAGGAAGUGGGUGGCCAACUGUUGGUGAUCAGUAUGCCUCAAGGGGAAAAAUGCAAGUAUCCAGUCAGCACUCGGGUACUGUCUUGCGUGGUCGCAAAGGAAAAGGAGGAAAUAAAGAUCUGUCCGAAUUUGUGGUGAAGAUUUUUGUGGGUGUGGAAUAUGAGUGUCCUCGAGGUCAUCGUUUCAUGUGUUCUGCUCCAGGCAAAGUCUUAAAGACAACUGGUUCUGGAUUGGUCAAGGAUAAUGGCAACAAAGUGACCAGCAAUGACAUGCCAUUGUAUUUCCCUUGUCCCUGCAGGAAUGUGAAGCCACUAGUGGCACAGCUGAUGCGUAUACAUGUAGUAACGCCAAAAGCACCAAUCCAUGUUACGCUGAAUCCCCGGGUACAGCCGGCUCCAUCACCGUGCCCAGUAUUUGUUACAGGCUGUGAGCAACCUUUGAGACUCUCACAGAGUGCAUACUGGGUUCUUCGCCUUCCAUCUGUAUAUGUGGGUGAACAUGGUCCAUAUGUAACACCCAAACAGCCAGUACCACUAAGCUAUGGUCGUCUGUUGGCAGGAGUAUAUGGCAUCACAGAAGUGCAGGUGGCAGAAGAGAAGUAAAGCCAUGUUGUUACGUGAAGAGUGCAUGAUUAAUGAUGUGUUACACUUACAGGUGGUUAGGUAAAUAAGUCCACAUGAAGAUAACUUACGUAUUAUAUACCAAGCUCUUCAUUUCAGGAUAAUGUAAUGGAGGGUGCAGAUAUAAUUGAACACUUUCAAGUGCUGAUAUGUCAGUUUCUGGAUGAGAUUAUUGUUGUAAACCAUGAGGAAGUUAUUUUUGACUCUACGAGAUUUGAGGUUUUCACAGUGGUGACUUCUGGGGUGUGACACUAUGCAGUCUUGUAGAUGUCUAUUGAUGCUCAGGAGGAACAUAACAUCUUCAUGAUUUGGUUCUUAAAUAAGUAUAGAAACAAUGUUACCUGUUCUUUUUGCAAUUUUUCCUUCAGUAUUACAAUUUUGAGAAUAAUUAAACAAAUGUGCCACCACUGUUACACAUAUGCACACAUGUCCUUACUUAUUAUAUUUCUGUUAACAUUGCAAGCAUAAUUUUUAUAUGUUGAGCUGGUCCUUGGGGCGUAUGUCAUGUGGUGAUCAGUUUUUGCAGGGCCCCAAAAUAGUCUGAAAUAAUUAAAAUAAAUCUGAUGAGUUAUGUACCACAAAGAAAUGUUUUCAUGAAAGGUUAAAGACAAGAUAUA